GCCCAUUCUUAAGGGACCGGAAUAAUUAAUGUGCUCUCUUUGGUCGGGGAAGUUUCUCUUGUGGUCUAUCAUGGCUGCUCACAUGGAAUCAUGUGUACGAAACUCUCCUCCCUCCCAAGGCCACGUCUGACUGAAACAGGUUUUACUUAAUAUUCUCGGCUCUUAGAAGCUCCUUCAGUUAUGUCCUCCCCCACUCUCACCCACCAAAAUUUGGACUAAGGAAGAGCACGAGGAGUAAGGAUGCCGGAAUCACAUGUACCGUAUGAAGAUAUCGUGUCUGGUUCAAUUGAGAAGACGAACAGAAUGAGCAGGAAUCAUGCCGUGCAGUUGUUUCUCCGUCUCAAGGAGAGGUUUCCUCUACUCCCUGAUGAUGUCGUUCGGCAAUCUAUGCUGCAGGUCUAUUUCACAGGCCAAUACACGCAUCAAUAGGCCUACUGGGGCAAACGGCUAGGCUUACCCUGCAUCCCUCUAGAGAACAAUUUGGAGAUUCAAAUCAGUCGUGCUUGGAGCAUCUUUGGCGAGAGUCACAGAAGUAUAAGCGGCAGCGAGUUACAGGAAGCCCGGCUCCUCUUCCACCAUUCACACUGCAUGAUUGCAACAGCUCCCUCACAGUAACACCAAAUCCUUUCUCUCAAGAAAAGGAGCAAGCUUCUCCUAGCUACUCGGAUUGUGCAAUGGAUUUAGCUCAUAAAGCAACAUUUUUCCAAGACAGUGAAACUAGAUCCCAUGGAGAUUUUCUGUCUGAAAAUGCCACUAGUGCUUUAGAGACAGUGGAAAAUUCUCCAAAAAUAGAUGAGAACAAGAUUGCAGAAGGAAUUCAAGCAGUUGGAUCAGAGAGGAUGCGAUCCAGUGUUAAUUUUAGUCUAUUCACACCUCAAGAUCCUACAGGCACAAGUGCAAACACUAGCACAAGUAUGGCCAUUAGUGGAAGCAACUUCAAAUACUCCACGUCGACAGGGAAUGUGUGUAUCACUGUGGAACAAGGACAGGCAGAAAAUCAUGGGAGCCAUCUGAAAUCGCUGGAGAAGAGCUCUGUUUCUACAAUGAACUUCUUGGUUUUCAACCCUGGAGAAGGUGACUGUGAGAAAAAUGAGAUAUCUGUGAUAGAACCCCGGCCAAGGAACUUUUCCCUUCCAGAAAUCUCCAUCUCUUCCUAUGAACCUCUCAUCUUGGACAAACCUGACAUUCAACAGCAGUGGGACUCAUAUGUUCCCCUCUCUCCCUUAUCCAGCUGCUCACCUACAUCAAGUGAGAAUGAAGAACAGGCCUAUCUUCAAGCUCGGCUGAUGCACCAAACAGCACAGUUGCAAAAACUGGAGACAGAAUACAAGAAACAAAAGGAGCGACUUGUGGCUUGCAAGAUGGAGGUGCAUCAACUGGAGGAGGAGCUCUUCAAGAUCAGGCUUACACCAUCCACCAAUCUCCCCACUCUGGAUGAGCUGCAGGCAUUGAAGGCAAGCAUUCGGAAGCUUAGGGUGCAGUGUGAAUGCCUCACUCAGCAGAUAGACCUCUAUCAUUCAGGUCAAGUGCCUUUGGGUGAAACAGAUGAAGAGUUCUAUAAAAACAUGGACAGACAGCAACAGCAGCAACAUCAACAUCAACAUCAACAUCAACAUGUUCAAUCUGGAGGAAGGAAGAAGGAGCCUCCUGCCCGUCCCCCUCCUCCCAUCUCCCCUCAGCCCCUCCAGCCAAUGAGACAAGCACCUCCUCCUCCAAGUCAGUCCGAGUCAUUGGAAGUGGAACCAGAGGAAGGACCUCCAUGGGCAUGCCCUCAAUGCACCUUUCUCAAUCACCCAGCUUUACGUUUCUGUGAACAGUGUGAAAUGCCUCGCAUCCAUGUGCCACCUCCUGCAUCAGGUGGAGCUCCAUUUUAUGGUCAACCAGCAGUUCCAGAACGAUGCUACUGUUGUCCAACAGAUCCUCAUGGAGAUUUGUUUGCAGUGAGUCUGUUCCUUCCCACUCUGACGAACCAUGCACGGACACUAGGUGCUUCAGGAACUCUCCUUGGGGUCCUUGGCUCCUCCUAUGGAGCCAUUCAGCUCUUCUCCUCACCCAGCAUUGGUCAUUGGAGUGACCGAGCAGGUCGGAAGAAGGUACUUUUGGUGUGCUGCCUUGCUACAUCCUUCACCUAUUUCCUUCUGGGCCAAGCAAGCUCAGUCAGCUCAUUGGGUCUUGUGUACGUCCUCCUCUUCCUCUUCCUUUCUCGUAUACUUGCUGGUGUGUUCAAGCACAGCCAGACACUCACCAAGGCCGUCAUGGCUGAAAUGAUCCCAGGGGACAAGGCUGAGGCCUUUGGCCGCUUCAAUGCUUCGUCCAGUCUUGGAUUCAUAAUUGGUCCUGUUGUCGGAGGUCAUCUUGGGGAUGUUCCCCAUGGGUUCACCAUCAUCUGCUCCCUGGCAGCUGCCAUCUUUCUCCUCAAUGCAUUCCUCUUGUAUGUGAUCUUGGAUAAUGACCCUGUGAAGAAGAAGAUGAAGGAUGAAGAUAUACCUUUGGCAGAAUCAUGGAGCUUGAAAUCUCGGCCACAGUGGUGGAGAGAGUUAGAAGAAAAGAAGGAGGUCGUAUGGGGGAUGUGGGACGUGAUGAGCCUUCGCUUCCUUCUCAGUCUUUCUUCUCUCAUGUUCCGCAGUUCCUUCUCACUUCUUCUUGAAGAUUACUAUUCCCUCUCCAAGAAGGAGAUUGGAUACAUGAUCUCUUUCCAGGGGGUAGUUGGGACAAUUUGUGGCUUCCAAAUGGGUUGGAUUCUGAACCUGUUCAGUGGGAAUCCAUAUCGAAUGCUUUUCUAUGGUUCUCUGGGUCAAAGUAUAUCUCUCAUGGGACUUGCAUACUCUCCAUCUCUUGUCCUCGUUGUUGUCUCCCUGAUCCCUUUCUGCAUCUGCAACACUGUGCUUCGUGUUGCUGGGUCAGAUGUCACUGUGCAGAGAAGCCCCCAGGAUGCUCUGGGGGCAAUGGUUGGUCUGGGUCAGAGCGUUGCCUCCAUUGCUCGCAUGACGAGCCCACUGGCUGCUGGCGCCAGUCUUGAAUUGGCAACCUGGGCACCUGCUACCAUCAGUCUUCUGUGUUCUGCUUCAGGAUCCCUUCUAGCCUGGAGGAUGCUCAGGGAUACUGGCAAGCCCAAAGUUGAUUGAUGUGAUUAAUCAGUUUAUUCUCUCAUUAUUGUGCACUUCCCCCAUGAUGAGAUGUGAUUGUUGCUUAUUUUGGAAAUGAAGAUGUUCAUCUUGUGUUGAA